AUGUUGAGUGAAGAGUUUGAUUUAAUGAAUCCAUCGUAUGCACGUCAACCAUAUCAAGAUAUGACGAAACCAUUGACAGAUUAUUACAUAAAUACAUCUCAUAAUACAUAUUUAUUUCAAAGUCAAGUUUAUGGUGACAGCAACGCUGAAGCAUAUAAUCGUGUUUUGUUAAAAGGAGGACGAGCUGUUGAGCUUGAUUGUUAUGAUGGUUAUGAUGGCAGACCGAUUGUUAAGCAUGCUUGGACCUUACAAAAAGAAAUGGCACGCGUUCUAAAAGAAAUAUUACAAGAAUAUCUUCUAACAGAAGCCUUACCAACCACGAAUCCAUCUGUAUUGCCAUCACCAGAAGCUUUAAAAAAGAAAGUUUUAAUACGAAGUAGACAGAUAGCACAAGCUACGAAAGCAACAGAAACGCCGCCAACAACAGAAACGCCGCAAGAAGAAGAUGAAGAUGAUUCGCCAGCUGAUCCAUUGAGUGAAUUGACGGAUCUUGAUUUUGCACAACUUCUGAUUUAUAUGCGGAAUGUCCCGUUUCGUGGCCUUGAAUAUGCCCAGACUCACUCUGCGAUGAAUUAUCAAACAUUUGAUGAACACAUGCGAUUGAACUAUGGACGAUUUUUAGACAACGGAGGAUGCGGUUAUGUUUUGAAACCCGAUUUUCUCACUAAUCCUGAUAGUGGAUUUAAUCCAUUUUCAUGUGAUGUCGCUAAUCCAGGAACCUCAACGUUAUCUUCUAUUCACGAUAAACCGUGGCAUUUAACCUUAACAAUAAUAAGCGCACAAUAUUUAGUAAAUACAGCCAUUAAAGAUUUAAUUGAUCCGUAUGUACGCGUUUACACACAUGGUGUUCCAUGCGAUAACCAAAAUCAAAAGACAUGUGUUAUUAACAAUAAUGGUCUUAAUCCUAUGUGGAAUCAUCGAAUGGAAUUUGAUAUCGCUGUACCGCAAUUAUGCUUGAUUCGAUUUGUUGUUCUUGACAGUGACAAAUUUAGUUCGGAUGAUAUUGUUGGACAGUACUGUGUACCCAUGAACACAAUUCAAAAAGGCUAUCGUCAUGUUCGUUUACGUGAGGAAGAUGAUGAUCUCUCACACUCAACACUAUUUGUUCAUGUUGAUAUUCAACAACAUAACGAAAAUAGUUCUCGUGCUUCGCUUUAA